AUGGCUAUAAAAAGAGGAAGAGAAAAUAAGUCACCUGAACCUGAUUUUAUAGUAGAUCCAAAAACAGGUAAAAAGAUACUAAAUAAGAAUAAAGAAAGAGGAAAAAAAACGUUAAUAAAGAAGCAAAGAAGAUGCAAAAAAGAGAAUUAAAAAUAAGAAGUAAAAUUUGGUGAACAAAUUUUUGAAGAACAACAAAAAAAUUAAUAUAAUAGAUAUAAUCAUGGAGUGGCAAAAUAGAAUUUAAGUGCUUUUGUUCAUACCACUGUUAGAGAAGUAGAUUUAAUGGUUGGAAUAAUUCUAAGAAGAGUUUCUGAAGAUUCUGAAUUUAAUAAUUUGGCCUAGAAUACAACUGCAAGAAGAAGCAUUCCAAUAGUAUUUACAACAACCAAUUAUUUGGAUUAGUAAGUCACUGUGUAUUUUAAAUUUGAGAUGUCAAUUGUAUUAAUAAUAAAAUGA